GUUAACUGUCAGAAAGCGUCAUUCUUUCGCUGUUGUGUAUUUUUUUGAUUCUCUAAUUUUAAUACAUGUUUCAUUUCAUUCCUACAAUCCGAUGUUGCUCACGAAAUGGGUGCAAAAUCGCCUGUGAAGCCAAGGCUCCGGCGUGGUACUUUUAAGUGCAAUAUUUGUCAGCGUAAAUUGUUGAGCGCGCAGGCACUAAAAACUCACCAAUAUUCCAUUCACAACUUUCAAGCCUGUGCCUCUUCAUCGAAAGCGCCAGACGUAGCCGUGGAGAAAUCUAAAACUGUCAGUGAUAAGGUUUCAGCAGCAAUUACAAAAGUAGCAAAACCAAUGAAUAAGUUGAAGCAAUCAAAUAAUGUCUCUGUGGAGGGAAUUGAGGCUUUUCCUCAUGAUAAAGUAUCAGAUUUGCGGAAAAUUCAGUUUGAAUGUCCAAUAUGCAAUGAAAUGUCCUCCACUUACUAUAUAGCAUACAAACAUAUACAAAAUUGUCAUUGUAUCAACAGCAAGGGGCAGAAGGUUUCCAGGAACAAUGCAAACCCCAACAUCGUGAAGCCGGUGCGAGUGGAGACAUGUAUCAAAUGCGAUAAGCGUGUACGUGCAAACGACAUGCACAUAUGUCACGAUACCCCAGCAGUACCUGGGGAAUCUGGGUUCGGUGUGGAAUACCUCUGCAUGGGUUGCAAACAGAAGUUUGGGAGCGUACAAUUGUUUGAUAUGCACGUUUCUGGACUGCAUUCGGACGGUGUGGAGAGCCUGUUCUUUCCCGAUAUGAAUGAAUUUCUAUCGUGGAAAACACAUGUUCAGACAAGGACAAAAUGUUCAUACCUCAUCCUCGGUAAGUGUAACUUGAAACAGACAUACCGCUGUACAUACAUGCCGCCCUCGGAGACGGUCAACCACAGCAACAUCUCCCAUAUUUGCCCGGCCAGCAUAGUGGUCCAGGAGUUCACGAAAGGUAUACAGGUUCACUUCUACAAGAAACACCACGGACACAUGUGCCCACCGUACUCUUGCCCGGAGAAGUUCAAGAAAUAUUUAAUUACAACACUAAUGCAGAAGAAGGACUCAUUCGAUGUGUUUUACGAUGAGAAAGACCUGUAUUGCCAGUUUAAAGUUCUGCUGGAGAGUAUUAUAGUUGAGGCUGCUAAAGUUAAAAUCGACGAUUUGAAGCUCAUGUUGGAGAAGGCUCUAGAAAUGACCGCCAUUCUUAAUAAUUACGACGAAGACGAUGAUGAAUAUACUUAUUCCAAUAAGAAAACAUUGUGCGAAGAACAAGUAACUAAAGCGUUAAAUAUUUUGAAAGGUAAAAGAAAAGCCGAUGACAAUGAAAGUGAGAGUGUUGAUCAUAAAAAGAAGAAACAACCAAGCGAAGAAGUGAACCUCAAGAUUGUUAAUGUUGUGUCCAUGGCUAAACCAAUUGGGGAUGAUAUAAAAGAAGAACCGGGCAACGUGCACGAUGUAGACAAAUCGUGUAUGGUAAAAAAGUCUGACGCUAAGAAAACAGUGGAUGCGGAAAGUAAAACUGACGUCAGAAAAGAUGAUGAUGUCAAAAUAGAAAUUGUGUCAUCGCCGAGAAUACUGAGGAACGCACAGAUACAAUCACCGUCCUUCAAUGAUUCGUACAAAGACUUUGUCGAUAAAAAUUUCAUUUCUGUACAAAAUACGUCGAAAACAUGCCCUAAAACUGGUAAGUAUCAAGCUCCAAUGAAAAUGAGUCCGUUGGCGGCACCGUCCUCUGGUCCAGGACUGAGAUUGCGUCCGUUAAGCAAAUUAGUUGAUCCGAAGCAAAUUGAAGAGGAGCUAGCUAAAGACGAUGACAAUACCGCGCCUAAACCUAUUAAAAAUAUCACAUUUGACAUGAAAAAUACCAAAGAUCUGACUGUAAAAAAGAUUGAUCCUAACAAAGACCACACUAUAAGAACAGUUGACCCUAAAGAAAACAAAGGCCCCAAUGUGGAAUCUAAAUUUGGUGCGAGUAAAACAACGAAGGAUGUUAUGAAAAAUAAAGGUCCAAUAGUUCAUAAAGAGUUUAUACCGAAAAUGAAACCUAAAAAGCAAGUGAUGAAAACACGAAUAGGACAGUUCAAGCCCAGUUUCUCACCGAAGAAGAGUCUCUCUCCAAAGAAGUCUGAACAUAACACAAGCAUCGGAAAGGUUAAGGACAUAGAGUAUGAAGUUAAGGAACAAGAAAAUGACUGUAAUAUAUUGAUUUUGAAGAUUUAAUUAAGCAAUGAAUUCAACUUGUAAAAAGUAUUUACUGUAUUUAGGGUGUACAUAUUAAAAUUAACAGUAUUUUGAAUGAAAUAUCAAUUUGUAACAGCAAGCAAGUAAGCAACAGAAGGAAUUAAUGUCUGAAAGUUUUUUUUUUGUUUGUUGUAAUACAACUUUAAACUUGCUUCUUAAAAAAUUCAUUGACCACAAUCCUUAUCUGUUUGAUAUUUUUUAAAGGAUAAGAAAAAGGCACAAUUUGGUUUGUAUAUUUCAAAUGAAGUUAAUUUCGAAAAGAAGUCAAUUCACCAUCACCAUUUUUUCACAUAAACUCCUGGAUGUUGCUAGGUCUAUAUCUGUGGUUUUAUAAUUAUUGUGUAAUAAGUUGAAAUUAUGUUUUAAUUUAUGAUAUGUUUAAAUUUAAGAUAUCAAUCAUGCCAGAUUUUCAGACAAACGUUAUUAUAAUAACAGUAUCCAAUUUUUAUAAGAUAAGAUUCAUAAAAAUAAGUAAUCAAAUACAGUUAUAAGCUUGUUAAUACUCGACAGCGCAUAAUAACGCAAUGCUGGAUCAAACCUAAUGAAGAUUCAAUAAAAUAACGACCUUAUUACAAGCACGUUUUACUUUAAAAUCCAAAACAAAAUGACUCGCACUAUCUCACUCUCAAUGGAAAUACAAUAGCGAGCAGUCCAGUUUGCGGGUUCAAAUGGCGCGCUCUCAUUGGUUCAAACGCUCAAAUACUUUCGCGCCAAACAAAAAAAAUUUACUUCUACGCUGGUACAUCGGUGUUAUUCAUAAAAGUGGUUAUACUGUUUUAUAAAUAAAUAGACCCGCCGUUCAAAAAUGAACCUUAAAUUAUUGGAACAAAACACACAAUUCUUUUCUGAGUGGUAUAUCUGUAAAAUGACGUAUAAAAGCGAGGACGUAUGAUUUUCAUCAUCUCAUCUGUGAUUACAUGCCUACAUAAUAUAAUCUCUUAUCUCUUACGGGGAAGACAAAGUCAACAGUCUCGCAAACACCAAAUGACCACAUUCAGCUGUAGGCUCUAUGAUGAUAUAAAGAUUGAAAUAGUGAAUCUGUUAAUUUAGUAAAUAAUUGAUACAAGUUAAAUACUUAGUAAAGAUAAACAAUCUUGAUAAGUCUUUUUUUAUAUUUAUUUUUACCCACGAAAAGAAAAAAACAUUAUGAAAUAACAUUAACAAUUCAACCUUUAUUUAAGUACCUAAAUAAAUGGGGGUCGUCCAACCUUUUAUUUUAUUGUUUCUUCGUAUUAUCAGUCCAGGUUAUUUGUAAAGAGCAUAAUUUAUGUUUUCUUCUUUUUGUAUAUUACUGUUUGAAAUUUGUUAAGAUUUCAUUAAAACCCAUAUAAUAGUUAUUUAGGCACAUGUAUUAUCAAAGUUCGUAGUUGGGUCCCAUGUACAGUCAGACGCAUAUAAAUAACUGCAUGGAACUAUGGCAUGAUGACUUAGUUUUGUUUUGGAGUUUUAUUAUUAAAUUUGUUUUACAACAAGUAAAAUAUUCGUGAAAUUACUGCAUCAAUCAACAAAAAACUGCCUGAGAUAUAAUGAAGUUCAUAACACAUAAUUUGGGCGAGUCCAAAACACCUCUCAUUAAACCUUACUAAAUUGUGACGUCACAGCUGAGUAUUUUGAACGCAACAUAAACUUAUUAAUUAUUGCGUUUAUGGAUAUGAUGUCUUAACAAAUGUUGUGCUAAUUUAAAUUGUCUAAAAAUACCUUGUCAUCAUCCCAAAAUAGGCAAUAGGGGUUUGGUUUUAAGUGAUUUGUAUAUGUUGAUAUGCUGUUGACUGUGCCAAUUGAUUUUCCAAAAAAGUCUUUAUACAAUGCUGAUGAAUUUCAUGGAAAGUAGAUUUGUUUAAAUGUUCAUGUUAUAGCCUUAAUGUCAGUGGUAUUUCCUUUGUCACAAUUUCGGACAUCAAUGGGAAAGAGAUAGGGAUUUUUUAUUCUUAAGUGCCGUUAGCCACUCGACGAAUUCUGAAAUACUUGGGUUGUAUACAUUAUUUUUUGUUGUAAUUCUUUAGGAUAAUGAUAAAUACAUCGUUGUUUUAUUAAAUUUUGAAAUCUGAUAAUGCCUCCACUCACUUGAAAGUUGUUCCUGCGACUUAUGCCGUCAGAAUAUUUCCAACUCCGUGUCUCCAAAUCUAGGGAAUACCAAUUUAAUUUUCACAUACACUGGAUUUUUCAAAAUCUCACCUAACAUAUACUGAGCAUAUUUAAACGGUCAUUGAACUCGAAACUAUAUUUAUUUCUAACUAGCGUUUAGCCGCUGCUUCGCCCGCGCUUUUUUAGCGCCACCUACAAAAGAGUGCAGGUUUUUCGCAAAUCUCACGGGAACUUAAGUUUCAUCGCUAUGAAAGUAACCCUAAACCUAUACCUUUCUCUACGCGAAAUUUCAAGAAGAUUGGUCCGGUAGAUAACGCGUGUAGAAGCAACAAACAAACUCACUUUCGCAUUCAUAAUAUUUAGUAUGGAUUUCACUAUUCUUGGCUUUUAAAUACACCCUUUAACAUUCGCACUAAAAUACGCCCUUAAUGCUUUCUGUGAGAUAUAGUAUGGAGUCGCUGAAGUGAAAAAGGGUAAUUCGAAUCUUUGGCUAUAAUUUUAAUAGACAAAUGAAGUGUUACGUUGUAUUUUAUAAUAAUCAAAAGAAAAUUUAAUUGCAUACUGUGUAAAUAUUAUUUUAGGUAGAUAUUGUGACUGUUUAUUUUUAGUGACUAAUGUAAAGUUAGAUGUAUUUGUAUUUUUUA